AUGAUUUUGGAGGAAGCACAAAUGGGUAACUCAAAACAUCCUGCUGGUGUUGUAGUGAAUCUGAAAAAUAGUUUCUGUGUGGACAAUUGUCUAACUAGUUUACAAACUGAGACUGAGUUACAUGAGUUCAUUCAAGUGGCUAAAGAUGUUAUGCUAGAAAGGAAGUUCGAUCUAAGAGGGUGGGGGCAUAAUUAUUCCCACUCCUCAACAGAAGAGGUUUCCUGUAUGACAAAUAAAAUUAUCCCAGUAUUAGGCCUGCAAUGGUCUUUAAACUCGGAUACACUUUCUGUAAUUUUAAAAGAAGAUUGUGAAGAUAAUGGACCUGUUACUAAAAGGAAAAUACUAUCAGAAGUUCAUAAAAUUUUCGACCCUAUUGGAUGUUUAAUAAAAGAUCCUGAUAAUGCUGGCAGAUUAAGUAUACACGUGUUUUGUGACGCAAGCAAAACAGCUUAUGCUACCUGCAUAUAUUUAAGGAGUGAAAGUAAGAACUUGACUUCAUGUCAGUUGGUUCAAGCACGGAGUAAGGUAGCUCCGCUGAAGGCUAUUACAAUUCCUAGGCUAGAGCUGUUAGCUUGCUCUAUUGGUACCAGACUGGUGCAAAGAGUUAUUGAAGAUUUAAAAUUAGAAAAUAUUCCAAUUUUCUUUUGGACUGACUCCAGUACCGCCUUGUGUUGGAUAAAAGGUAGCGAAAACUGGACACCAUUUGUAUAUAACAGGAUACAAGAAAUUAGAUUGGCGAGUAAACCCGAAAAUUGGUCUUAUGUACCUGGAUCGAUCAAUCCGGCGGAUCUACCAUCCAGAGGUUGUUCCGUUCGACAGCUCUCGGAGACACAGUGGUGGCAUGGUCCUCCUUGGCUCUAUUACUCAUCUGAUAAAUGGCCUAGAUCUGAAUUCUCCGUAAAUGAAGAAGUGUUGAAGGAAAAGAGAAAGGAAAUAGUAUCAUCCAUGGUGAACCUUCAAAAAACUGACAAUUCCUUUGUUUACAAGUUUUCGAACUAUCACAAGACUGUAAGAAUCGUUGCCUGGAUACAUCGAUUUAUUAAUAACAGUCGUAUUUCUAGGGAUGAUCAAAAAUAUAGAAUCCUUGAUUCCGAGGAAAUUUCUGUAGCUGAAUAUGCAGUUAUCAGAAUAAUACAGAAGGAAAGCUUCUUUAAUGAAGAAGAUGAAAAGUUGAAAACUCUGAGAGCUUUCAAAGAUGGAAACGACAUCAUCCGGUUGAAAACAAAGAUUUUAUAUCGACCAGAUAGCGAGGACUUUUAA